ACUCAAAUUUUCUCCGGUAACUGCCUAUACUCGCAUCUGUUUAAUUCGACAUAAAUAAAAUUGCAACAAAUUAUUAUAGACGUGGAAUUUAGUAAAACAGCCUAUUUUUGAAAGCAAUUUAAAAACAUCGUUUUUUAGAGGAAGAUGUUAAAGAGUAACACACGGGGCAACACACGGGGAUUUUGAAUCUGAAAGUUUUACUAAAUUAUCCGGCUCCUAAUAUUUAUUUGGUAUAUAAAGUGAAAGCAAAGUUGUGUAGCGAUAUUCUGGUCACACUUUCACUUUAAAUAUUAAUUUCAACUUCCCCUGAAGAUCAAUCAAGUCAAGAUGAGUGGACAACAACAGAUUAUGUAUGGUGCCGUGGUGUGCGUGGAGGCCGAGGUGACGGGAGAUGUCAAGAUCGGGACGAAAACGAUUAUUCAUCCGUGUGCUAAAAUUAUUGCAAAAAAUGGGCCAAUUCUUAUCGGAGAUUUUAACAUUAUCGAAGAGCUGACAACUAUUAUUAACUGGUCGACGGAUACGAUGGUGAUCGGAUCAAACAAUGUGUUCGAAGUGGGUUCGACCGUAUUGGCGAAAUCUGUCGGAGAUAAUAACGUGUUUGAGACGAAAUGCUUUGUCGGUGAGGAGAUCGUGGUGCCGAGCGGGUGUAUGUUUGGGGCUGCGACGCGGGUUGGAUCGACUACUCAUAAUAAUAGUUCAACUACGACGAGUAGAGAGGACAAGGAACCAGGGGCAGAAAGUGGUGAAGAGAUCGCGGAGACAUCUCUGCCUGAAAAUUCAGUCUUUUACGGGGUUCCUUGGAAGCACCGGAUCGCUGGGGAGAAGCCGGCCCCACAAUUGUUACAAAUUGACUUUCUCGCAAAAGUUUUACCAAAUUAUCAUCACGUUUACACGAUGAAGAAAGAAGCUCAAGAGGAGAAUAAAUAGAAUAAUUUUUAUAAUAAACCCGUUUUAAAAUUCGUUACAUAAAUAAUAGUAUGUAUGAAAUGUGAUAUGAAGAGAUUUGUGUAAAUAUAAACUAGGCAAAUGUUUGAAUUUAUGUAUGUAUUACUCACAUCUUCCUGUGUAGGUUAACUCACCUUGGUAUGAAUGUGUACAUAUGAAUGUUUUUUAAAGUUCUUCUGUGUACUUGUGUAUGUAUGUAUAUUACAUAAUGGCACCUCUAUUUGUAUGUAAUAUAAUAAUAAUAAUGGAAAGUGGCGAUGUUAAAGGUGACGCAUUUAUUAAAUCCUGUUGAUAAUUGUUAGAUAAGAUAAGGGAGCAACAUCCAGGUUUUGACAUCACCUCGAUUCAGCGUUUUUCGUUGUGUGUGGUGUGGAGCAUCAUAUUUAUGUCAGUUAGUCAGUCCUGCGUGACAAUUUGAAUAAUGCAGAGUAUGAGAUUUUAAUUUGUCCUCUGAGUUUUUCAAUGGAGUAAUCGAACUCCAGUUUUCUCAAAAUGAGGAUAAAAAAUAGAUAUGAUUUGUUAUUCUGUGCUACAAUAAUUACUUCAAUGUUAUCUGUGGUCCUACUACUCGGAUUAUUUGACACAGUUUCGGGAAGUGCAUUACCAGUAGCAGCAGUCGAGGAUGGUAACAAGGAACCGGGGAAAUUCCACAGUUGGGAUGGGCGAUUUUACGACAACGUUGUCCACGAUAUGAAGAAGCGUACGGAGGAGACUAUUCGAAAAGCUGAGGAAGAAAAGCAUAAAUUGACAACUUGGCAAAUAGUUGGCAUUGCGGUUGGAGGCUUUCUUCUGAUAUUUUUUAUUUUCUGCUGUAUCGGAUAUUGCUUGUGUGCCUGUGUGAGAGAAAUGUUGUGCUGCGUCAAAAAUUUGGUGUGUUGCUGUUGUGAUGAUUAAAAUUAAAUGUGUACAAGCAAAUUGAACUGCAAUCCGUAAAAAUGCAUCGAUAAAAACUUUGUAAAAUCGAUAAAAUUAUUAGACUUGAGAAUAAGGAGUUAAAGAAAGAAUGAAAUUUUAACGUAAGCUUUAUAUUUUGUACGUUUUCCGAUUUGCAAAUCACAACUUAUGAAUAAAAUAUUAUCAACACCACAAAAUCAA